UUCUAGUGCUUCGUCGAACCACAAGUUUCCGGCUUGAGGUUCCAGAGUCCCGUGGCUUUUUUUUUUUGCCUUGUUGUAAAACCACAGGAUCUCUCUCUUUGCCCUUUCCUUCAACUUGUUCCCCUGAGUAUCCCACUCUUUCAUUCGUGGUUCCCUGCAAUCUUCUCAACGGGUAUCCCGAUCUGGAUCCUUUGGCUCUCUCUCCUUUUUGGUUCGUCUUGUUCGAUAUCUCGCCUUUAUGAGUGCGUCUACGUUCCCGGACGCCUCUCUUACUCGCGAUCCUCAGAGUUCUGACUUUGAAUUAAUCAUCCGCCAGCAGCCCACUCGGGCGCGCGUGGCCGGUGGGAAGGAGAAAGAACGCAAGCCAGUCGACCCCCCACCGAUAGUGCAGAUCCGAGUAAGAGAGGAAGGAACUUAUCUCGCGCAACACUAUCUGCAAAGUCCCUAUUAUUUUAUGUGCUGCAGCUUGUUCGAUCCCUCAGAUGAUGUUCCAGUUCCCGUACCGCCAUCCACGGCUUUGACCGGUACUUUAGUCUCGUCACUUCAUCGGCUGAAGGACGUGGACAACAACGAUGGGGGCUUCUUUGUCUUUGGGGACCUCUCUGUGAAAGUUGAGGGAGAUUUUCGGCUAAAGUUCACACUCUUUGAAAUGCGAAAAGAUAUCGUUACUCAUCUGAAGUCCGUCAUCUCAGAACGCUUCACUGUGUCUCCCCCAAAGAGUUUUCCUGGAAUGGCAGAGUCGACUUUCCUGUCCCGAUCAUUCGCCGACCAGGGUGUAAAAUUGAGGAUCCGAAAAGAGCCGCGGACGUUGAUAAAGCGAUCAGUCCCGCGACCGGAGGAUUAUCCCCAGCCGGUUCCUCCUCGUUCUCCAGAUCGAUCUUCGAUUCAGAUGCCUGGGAAUACCUUCGGGGGGUAUCCAGCAGCUGCAGCUGCAGCGAGUCGAGACUACGGUUAUUAUGCUGGCCCGGUCAAGCGGCAACGCACGUCAAUUGACUUUGGUAACCGAGGCAUGUAUGAUGAUGGGCGGAUGCGCCAAAUGGAGGCUUAUCCGCAGACCGCGGCUAUGUAUGCGAACCAACCAGGGGCCUAUCCAACUCCUAUCAUGCAAGGGUACCCUACAGGACACACGGGUGUUCCAGAUUAUGCGAUGUCCUACGGUAUUCCUCCCUCGGCUCAGGUUCCUCAAAUGCAAGACCCAGGAGCCCAUAGUCGGUCAAGUCAGCAGGCGACAAUGCAGUCGCUGGGCAUGGUAAACCCACCGGGCACACCUACGGGGGAUUCAACGGGUGCGAUGAUGCCGCAAGGGUAUGCAAGGCCACAGUACCAGGCGAGCUCUACAAUUUUGCCCCCUUUGCAACGGAGUCGCAACUUUGCACAAGGGGCCAACGGCGCGACGGCACGAGGAUAUUUUGAUCAAACUUCUCAGGGAGCAACCCCCAUCCUCCCCUCACAGCCGCUUGGUACGAAUGAAGCAGAUCGAUAUGGCUCUGCACCUGGUCAGGCAGCUUUCGAACACCCCGGCUCGUCUAAUGGAACACCCCGCUAAAUGGGCACAGACUUCGUGCUUGUCAUCACGGUAUUUAUUGGUAGGAUGGAUUAUGGUCUUCAUGUUAUUCUGUUUAUUUUCUAUGUUUGCCUUUUU